UGCGGGCGGGCUCUGUACCGGGCGGCCCCGGCCCCGGCGGCUCCAGACUUCAAUAGCUUUGUCACUCGGACCAACACUUGUGGAGAACUGCGUUCUGCUCAUGUGGGACAAGAGGUCACACUGUAUGGAUGGAUUCAGUAUCAAAGACAAGGCCUGUUUCUGGUUUUGAGGGAUUUCCAAGGUCUGACCCAGAUCGUCAUUCCACAGGAUGAGGCACAUUCCCAUGUGAAGAAGCUCUUGUCUAAUGCCCCAGUGGAGUCUGUUGUGCGAGUGACUGGAAUUGUGUCCCCUCGGCCCCCAGGGCAGGAGAAUCCGAAAAUGCCAACAGGGGAUAUUGAAGUGAAGGCGGAGACUGCAGAGAUCCUGAACUCCUGCAAGAAGCUACCUUUUGAAAUCAAGGAUUUUAUCAAGAAAUCAGAGGCCUUACGGAUGCAGUAUCGCUACUUGGACUUGCGUAGCUUCCAGUUGCAGUAUAACCUGCGGCUGAGAUCACAGAUGGUGAUGAGGAUGCGGGAAUAUCUGUGUAACCUCCAUGGGUUCGUGGAUGUAGAAACUCCAACGCUCUUUAAAAGAACCCCAGGGGGAGCAAAAGAAUUCCUUGUGCCCUCGAGGGAAGUAGGCAAGUUCUACUCUCUGCCACAGAGUCCUCAGCAGUUCAAGCAGCUCCUCAUGGUUGGAGGUCUGGACAGGUAUUUUCAGGUUGCUCGCUGCUACCGAGAUGAAGGUUCGAGGCCUGACAGGCAGCCUGAAUUCACUCAGAUAGAUAUAGAGAUGUCAUUUGUAGAUCAAGCUGGGAUCCAGAGAUUGAUAGAGGGCCUCCUGCAAUAUUCCUGGCCUGAGGAAAGAGGCUGCAUUACGACUCCUUUCCCUUCCAUGACAUAUGAGGAGGCAUUGGCUGACUAUGGGACUGAUAAACCAGACACUCGUUUUGGGAUGAAGAUAGUGGAUAUCAGUGACUUUUUACGAAGAUCAGACAUUCAGUUUGUGCAGAAUGCACUCAGUUACCCAUGCGGCACUGUCAAAGCCAUUUGUAUCCCUCAGGGAGUGAGGUAUUUUAAAAAUAAAGAUUUGGAGUCAUUAAAGGAGUCUGCAAAAUCCCAGUUUAACCAGGAAAUCAUGGAAAUUAUCUGCAGGCCUGAUGGAAGCUUGAAGUCUCUGCUUACAAAGUUUCUUGGUGAGGAGCAGCAGUCAGAGCUCAUCCAAGCGCUGAACAUGCAGGUGGAUGAUGUGGUACUGCUGGCAGCUGGUGAACACAAGCAAGUGUGCUCUGCUUUAGGAAGCCUGCGGUUGGAGAGUGCUGACCUCCUUGAGGCGGCUGGGCUGGUACUGCGUGAUCCUAUGACUUUCCACUUUCUGUGGGUGGUGGAUUUUCCACUUUUCCUCCCCAAGGAAGAUAAUCCCACUGAACUGGAAUCUGCUCAUCACCCCUUCACUGCCCCUCAUCCUUCAGAUACCAGCCUUCUCUAUUCUGAUCCCACAAAGGUCCGUAGCCAGCACUAUGACCUUGUGCUGAAUGGUAGUGAAGUUGGAGGUGGCUCCAUCAGAAUUCAUGAUGCAGAACAACAGCAUUUUGUGCUGGAGAAGGUGCUGAAGGAGGAUUCUGAGGUGCUUUCCCAUCUGCUUGAGGCUUUGGAGUUUGGAGCUCCACCUCAUGGAGGAAUCGCUUUAGGACUUGACAGGCUGAUCUCUCUCAUCGUUGACGCUCCAAGUAUCAGAGAUGUCAUUGCUUUUCCUAAAUCCUUCAGGGGACGGGACCUGAUGGGCAAUGCUCCAGACUAUGUCACUCCAGAAGAACUAGAGCCAUAUCACAUCCAGGUUUCCUGGCCUCUUGCAGGAAAAGAGGCAAAGCAAAACUGA